CUAGUGUCCUUGCCUGAAUAGCUAGAUUUUUUUGUUUCUGAUUCGUUACACCGUAGUUGAGUGGUUAGACUAUUUGGAUAUUCUUGUUUUCUUACGGCAUUCAGGCCUAGAAAUGAAUGCAUGGCGGAUUGUCGGGAUAAGAAUCUUUCCCAAUUCCAUGCACUUGCGCCUAUUUUUGUAGUUUGCUCCAUGAUGGUCUGCAGCGUACGUGAGUUUUGGCACUAUGCCAAUCAUCUCACCGCCGUAAACUUUGCCGUAAAACGACGUCGUUUCAGACUAAAAAUCAAAGCAGUAGAUUUUCUCGAAAGCUUACGCCAAUGUUGCCUGGCGGCGCUUUACAAGAUAUUUCUCUCAUCUGUGCUGUGUUUUGUGUUCUGAAGUUCUGGAUAAUAUCUCUGUUUUUCUUUCAUUUCUAUCUACAAAAUUUCUCCACCCUCACACAAUAAUGAUAAAAUCUUAACAUAUACUCUCUUAAAUUCAUCUCUAGAUGUCUCUGACCCCUCUAGCAAUUUUCCAUUUUGACCAUUUUUUGAGCCCUUAAUUUUCCAUUUUUCUGAGCUUCACUACCUCACUCUCUGUUUCUGUUACUUUCCCGCUAUAAUUUCGACACCAUGGCUGCGCUUCUCAGAUCGAGAACUUCCAAGGAAACGGCCUCUUUUACAGCCUAUCAAUUCAGAAGUUUCUUAUUCAAUUACAUGUAUGCGGGUGGCAUGUCUAGCUCUUACUGCACGCAACCUAGAAAAUGGGAUGACCACUUCUCCAACUCUCCCUAUCACUCCACUUCUUUCAAGCCCGUCUCUCUGCGCGGUGAAUUCGAUGAGAAGGUUACUCAAUUAUUGGAUAAUAGGAGGAGUAAACGUGAUUCAAGUAAGGAUUUUGGGAGAAAUUGGGGCGAGAAAUUGAAUGGUAGGGAUAGUGGGUCCAAUUAUAGGGAUCCACCAGAGGUGUGGCAGCCUCCGGGAGAUGGGAUUGCAACAGUUGGGGUAAACGAAGCCGCAGUGAAUGUAGUUCGUGGAGGUAGAGGUGAUUCUGGGUCGAAUUCGAAAGAUGGGUGCUGGGGUGGAUCCAAUUUGCGUAAUAAUUUUCCAACACCAAAAGAGAUCUGUAAGGGACUGGAUAAAUUUGUGAUUGGACAAGAACGAGCUAAAAAGGUUCUUUCUGUUGCAGUUUACAAUCACUAUAAGAGAAUCUAUCAUGAUUCCAUUCAAAAGUGGUCUGCUGGAGAUUCAGGGAACAGCAAAGCGGAUGCUGUGGAUGAUGAUGGAGUGGAACUUGAGAAAAGUAACAUUCUUCUAAUGGGACCAACAGGCUCAGGGAAGACAUUACUUGCCAAAACCUUGGCGCGGUUUGUUAAUGUUCCUUUUGUUAUUGCAGAUGCAACUACAUUGACCCAGGCAAGAUAUGUGGGGGAAGAUGUGGAGUCCGUAUUGGGCAAGCUAUUAAUGGCUGCUGACUAUAAUGUGGCAGCUGCUCAGCAGGGCAUUGUAUACAUCGAUGAAGUUGACAAGAUCACAAAAAAGGCUGAGAGUGUUAAUAUUAGCAGAGAUGUAUCAGGUGAGGGCGUUCAGCAGGCAUUAUUAAAAAUGCUUGAGGGAACGGUUGUCAAUGUUCCUGAGAAGGGAGCUCGAAAGCAUCCAAGAGGUGACAAUAUUCAGGGUAUGGUGGGUGGUGACGCUUCCAAAGAGAGCCACAAGAGAAAGAGGGAGGUCUCCCGAAAGGUACGAGCGAUGAAAGAGGCUACUGCCACCGCUGCUCAAACACCUCGACAAGACUUGGUAGAAGUACCGAGCUCCCCUCCUCGACCUCAGGAGCCGCCAGCCUCGGAAAUAGAGUUCAUCGUCUCUCCACCUCAGCAGAUUGAAUGUUCGCCUCCUCCGAUCUCUUCCAAUAUAGAAGGAGAGUCUUUUGGCCCUACUGUUAGAACGCUUUCCCGAGGAGCUCAACUCCUUAUCCAAUCGCUGGAAAGAAACCGCUCUACCCGAGGGAAUUCUGGUCUAGCCAAGGUCAUGGGCACUUCCAUCUGCUUCCAAGAAGAUCGGAACUGGUUGACUGAGGAGAGUAUUGAUGAUAUUCUAACUCAGACAAUGAGUUUGGCUUUGGAGGCUAUUGGAAACCAACACUUGACCAGAGAAAAAGCCCAUGUCAUAAGGAAGGAGAUUCUUAAGGCGGUCCGGGAUGCAUCAACUGCAAAGGCUCAGCUCUCCAUUGCUAAUGAUUACAUCGUCAAACUGGAAGAUCAGGUGAAGUCUUGCGGAGAGAGGAUAACUGAAGUGGAGCGAGAACUUAAAAGUCUCUAGGGCUGGUCGAUUUGUCGAUCUCGCUCGUUUUUCUGAGUAACUUCGGGCAAAGGAGGAGGAGAGCACUACAAAAGAGGCUGGGCAUAUGUGAACGCCCAUAACGACCUCCUGUCUGAAUUAAAGAAGCGUUAUCCUGAGGAGGAUUUUUCCUGGAUGGAUAAGCUCAUCCUAGCGGCCGAAGAGGACAGCGAUGAGGAGCACGAGGGUGAGAAGAGAGGGAGGAAUGUAAUUGGGGCGCAGGACGGAGAAGAAUCCCCUUGCUAAUUGACUUGUAUAUAUUUUUUGUUUUUGAAGUGAAUUGAAGUCUUUUAUGUUCCAUUUCUUGAUGAGAUCGGAAAGCAUUCAAACCAAAUUGUCUGAGUACUUAAUUGAUUGAAUGCAGUUGAAUAUUAAACCUGAGAGCAACUAUUAAUCAAAAGAUAUCAAAUUACUCCAAGAGAUCGGAACAACGUUACACGCGAACAUGAGAUCAGACGGAGCCAUGAUCAAAUAUCGAAUGAAACUUUAGAAUAUUAGAAUUGCAAAGAUUUGACACUGACUUGAACUUUUAAGGUCGGAACUAUUAUUAGAUCAGAUAAAAACCUUAACUUCAUUUUGAGGAAUAUCUGGGCAAUUCGACCGAGAAGCCCGAUCACAACAUUAGUCAAAUGGAAUUUUGUGAUAUUUGUACAUAGAGAGAUCGGAGAACAACAACAGGCAAGAUUGGAUGGUCCGUAGAUCCAAUAUUGACUCGCACUCAUCUGAUAAAUACCAAGGGAUUGGAAAGCAAUUUAGCUUGAGCGUGAGAUCGAUUUGUUCUAGGGACGAGCGAUCAGUAUGUUUGGAAAAGUUACUUGUGAUUGGGACAUCGAUCGAGAACAGAUAAUAAAGUUUCAAUUUUAAAAGAACCUUACCUUCGAAGGUCGGCCAAAAUAUGGUGUUUACACUUAGUAUGACAUAGGUUUUAUUGCAUUAGUAUUUAUGUAUUUAUGAUAUAUUUCAAUUUAAAUAAAAUUGGGAAUUGUUGAGUGCACCCAUGUCUAUUAGAAAUUAGUGCAUCUUGCAUUUACAAACACAUGGAGUCCAAUUGAAAACAUGGAAAGUGGAUCCCAAAUGAAAAUGAAAUGGUGUACAUGGAGUGCACUUGAUAAUGUCGAAAGUAGACCCCACAUACAUGUGAGCAGUAGUAUAUUGAAUAAUCUCCUGUAUUUUUUUAAGUAUUAUGUGAUAAAUUUAAAGGAUUUUGUGUCCCAACUCUUAGAGGUACCAUGGGAUACGUUAUGAAAGUAGAUAUAAAGCUAAACAAAUUUCAAUUAUGCAUUUAGUCUAUUGUUGAGGAGGUCACACCUCCCUCACC